CAACGCCGGACACCAUGGACUUCGUGUGGCUUCCAGUGCGGCUUCCUGUGCUCUCCAUUCCGGCUGUGGUGGCUGGGGCCAGGGCCAGGGCCGUUGAAACGGCGCCACGGUUUUUUGGGCGCGGCGCCAGCGGUUUUGGAGUCGCGGCUGCUGUCUCGGUCGGCCUCAUGCACCGAAGCAACUGCCGGCGCCGGAGUGGACGCCAAGCUGGGCUAAACGGCCACAGCCCACAGGGCCGCCGUUCCUGGCUACAGAUGGUCAUGUUGGGAGGUUGUGCUGCACCCGCCGAGGCUAAAGGCAAUCCCUUUGUCCUGCUGCAAGAUGGGAUGAACGCCUUUCGAGAUUAUCGUGUGGACGACUCCAUCAAACUCUUCGACGAAGCCGCCGAGUCAGGCUAUCCCAAGGCGCGCUUGUGGCAGCGCGGCUUGUCCUUGUACUAUGCCGAGCGUUUCGAUGAUGGCACGCAGCAAUUUCGCGCCCUUGGCAGCAAAGGAAAAGAUGUGGAGAUGAAUCCCAAUGACACCGAAGAAUCUGUUUGGGCUUUUCUCUGUGAAGCUCAGACCGUUGGCUUUGAGCAGGCGCGGAAGCAGCUGAUGAAGGUGGGCUUCGAUCCUCGCCCGGUGAUGGGCUCUGUCUAUGCGCUCUACCGGGGAGAUGACGACGCCAAGUACAUCGAUAUCUUGGAAGGCCUUUACAAGAAGGGUGGAUCUGAUGCUUUCUACGCUUCUCUCUAUUUGGGCCUCUACUACGAGGCCAAGGCAGAUAAGGAGAACGCCAAACUCUGGCUGUUGCGCUCCGUGGAUUCCAAUUACGGGAAGUCCAGCAACGAUUAUAUGACGGACUUGGCUCGAGUCCAUGUGUCACGGCGUCAGUGGCGGAACGCAGAGCUGUGAUGGUGGGCCCCUACGUGGGUUCCACCAGGUCAUGCAGUUGUUCUUUCUUGGAUGACCAGC